UUAAAGUGACCUGCAAUAAAAUUGUAAAACAUACAAUUCUGGAAAAUUUCUAUUUGGAAUUUUGUGGAAUUACAUAUUGCAUGAAAUGACCUGAAUCAUAAUUUUUUCCCCCCUUAGGGUUAGUGGGCAGAGAAAGAAUCUGUCUUCAGCAUCAAUUUCCUGUUUGGUUGAGAGGAUGAACAACUCUACAGUGAACUUCACCACAUCUGAAGCAUCUACAAAUUCCACAACUCAUUCCUUUGGGCUAAUGGAGAGUCUGGAAAUGUGUGCAUUCUGCAUAUGUUUCCUGUUUGGUCUUCCUAUACACUCCAAAAUUACAUGGCUCAUCAUUACAGGAACAGGAAAUGGAGUUGCAUCAGAGUUCUUCAACCUAAAUCUGUCAAUUUGUGAGAUUGGUAACAGCCUCAAUGCGAUGUUUGGCAUACUGGCACGUUUCUUUUCAAGUUUCAUCGCAGUAACAUAUUUUUUACAAGGACUAGGGAUCACUGGUCGUCCUCUGUUUCAUUGUCUGAUCUGUGUUGAGCGUUACCUGGCAGUGGUUCAUCCUGUAACCUUUCUGAAGUACAAACCUCUCAGAUAUAGAGUGAUCUGCUGCACUGCGGCCUGGAUAAUUAUUCUUGGAUCCUGUGUGUUCUGCACCUUUAUUUUAAUCUCAUUUAGCAUGGUGCCAUAUGUAUGGUUCAUGUCAAUACAGUUCCUUCUCUUCUUCUUCACUCAGUUGUUUUGUCUUGUGGCCGUUCUCAGAGCUCUGAAACAAUCAGGACCAGGAGAGAGAAAGAGAGAGGAGGAAAACCACAUGAAGAGAAGAGCAUUUUAUCUUAUUCUGAUAACAACAGUGAUCAUGAUCAUCCAAUAUGCCCCAUUUACUGUCACGGGAUUCUUUGCCAUUCUGACUCAAAAUAAUUUUCUUGACUUUUGGUGUCCUGCUUUUCUUUGUUAUGUACUGGCUGGUUUUGUGCAACCCAUUCUUUAUUUACAGCGGACUCGAAAACUCUUCUGCCUCUGUUCAUCAUCAUAAAACAGGAAAUUGUUGUAUUUUACAUAUACUUCUGAAUUAUUGGAUCAGUUGAUUAUUUUUGAGCUGAUUUUAAUAUCUACAAAAGUACAAGAUAUUAAAAUAAACUUUUAAAUGCAAUUUAUUCCAAGUACAAAAUUGUACACUGCUUCUUUAAGAGCUUCCCGGUAAAAGUAGCUUGAAUAACCAAUUAGAACAAGACAAGCAGAAAGA